AUGGCGCUGGCAGAGGCGGGAGCCCGCGGGCGGCUCCUGCGCUGGCCCCGCGUCCUGCUCUUCGGAGACUCCAUCACUGAGUACUCCUUCCAGGAAAAUGGCUGGGGGGCAUACCUUGCUGAGAGACUGGUCAGAAAAUGUGAUGUUGUGAACCGUGGGAUCUCGGGGUACAACACCAGAUGGGCUAAGUUGAUUCUUCCUAGACUGAUCACUGAAAAUACUGGUGCUGACAGUAUUGCUGCAGUUACUAUUUUCUUUGGAGCUAAUGACAGUGCUUUGAAAGAGCUGAACCCCAAGCAGCACGUUCCUCUGGAGGAGUACGCUGCCAACCUGAAGAGCAUGGUGCAGUACCUGAAGUCAGUAGACAUUACUGCAGACAAGAUUAUUUUGAUUACACCCCCACCUCUUCAGGAAUCAGCUUGGGAAAAGGCAUGUCUUGCCAAAGGUGACAAACUGAACCGCUGCAAUGCCACCACAGGGCAGUACGCCCAGGCCUGUGUCCAGGUGGCCAAGGAGUGCGGCACGGACGUGCUCGACCUCUGGAGCCUGAUGCAGAAGAACCAGGAUUUCUCUUCCUAUUUGUCUGAUGGUCUUCAUUUAUCAGCGAAAGGCAACAGCUUUGUAGCAGCUCAGCUUUGGUCACGCCUGGAACACAAACUGUCUGCCCUUCCUUCUCUGCUUCCUUACUGGCGUGACGUGGACCACACGAACCCCGAGGCCAGUCUGCUGUGACAGCCCUGCAGGGAGGAGCCAGGGCAGCCGCACCAGGCAGAGCCAGCUCAUUGUGCAGCAACGUGCUGCAAACUGUCCUCGGGGAGCACGGCAUGGGGAGUCCCAGCAAUGCUCUUCUCUGUCCCCUUCUCUUGGUCUGUGGGAGAAUAAAGGUGAGACCACUUGGGUGUGUCCUGAGGUGGUUUUUCUUCAUGCUGCUGUUGCCAGGAUAGCUGUGGGGAUGUGUAGCUCUUUCCUUGGAGGACUCAGAGGAAAAUGAGUCUCAGCUGUUCUGUGGCCAAGGGAUAGAGGCUGCCCUGAGCAGUUCCUGGCCUUGCUGAGCUUUGGGGACUGCUCUAUGAUUAAUACCAUCUACUUGCUUUGAACACAGAGGAGCUUGUAAGAGGCAGUAGGGUGGAGUUUGCCGAGAGCAGUUAGUGUCAGUCCAAAUUCAUUUAUUUGGAUGUUUUACAGCAGGAGCAGCAGUUCCCUAAGUUUUACUGUGGCUUUGGUAUUGAUAGAGAGUAGUUUAGAGCAGGGCUUUUAAAAUUUAACUUACUCUGGCACCAGCAGCAGCUUCUUUAUACCCAGCUCUUCUGUAUAGGUCCCAGUUUCAGACCAGUGCAUGUUUUUGGGCAGUAUAAAACUGGUGAAAUAUGACCUUGGAGAAACUACUAGAAAAGGUCUGCAUCUCUGCUGACAAAGCUGCAUCCUAUGUCAUUUGCCAUCAAGUUAAGAAGACCUUUUAAGUAAGUUGUUAAAAUAAUUUUACAACUCAUCUAAUACAUAAGUACUGCAGACUAUGCAGGUUUUGGCCAAGAGUACACAAACUACAAAACUGCCUUUACAAACAAAAAAAACCAAAAACAUUGUCUGCAACCUAAAUGAAAUUCAACAAGUAUGGAAAAAAAUGGUUUGGGAAAUGAUUGUGUAGCAAGCCAGAUAGCAGCAAAAAUGAGGGUACAACUAAAUGUGCAUAAAAAUCAAACGGUGUAUCACUGGAAAUGUAACCCCUCCAUAACUGUGGGCUGUAUUAACAGUUAUGGUGACAUGGUGACAUGCUUAUUAUGUGGGGGGUGGGAGAGUAAUGAGGCUCUCCUGCUGUCCUGCACUGUCAGUGCCAUUAGACUGCCUUUGCUUCAUUAAAUAAUCAAGACAAGCUGGCCAAGACCUGUCAUCUACUAUGUAACAGUGUUAUAAACUGAACCAUAAGUAUUUUUCAUGUGCCUGGAGCCAGAGCUGAAGCAAGUGAUAUAUAAAUAUUUAUGAGUAUUAAACUGGACUAUCCUUUCUGUAAUAAAUGCUUACAGUAAAUACUGGCUGAACAGCAGAAGAGGUUCCUAGUGGGAAGCUGUGGAUCUUCCCGCCUUAGAUGUUAUGAACAAACCAUGCAAGUACUGCUUUCAGUUUCUGGACUACAGCUCAGGCUGGGGGAUGGAUUCAGUGAUUUCCAGGGCCUGCUCCAAAUCUGUUUCCAUGCUCCCAAGCACCUGUCACUGCAUGGUUUUCACCUGGGAUGUAAAGACCUUUGUGCUGAGAACAUGUGCUCACAGAUUUGGUAGCUGGACAGGCAUUUGAGCACACCCCCAUCCCUCAGGCAUUUACUGUCACCAUGUGAACUGAUGAUAAUCUGCAGGACACAUGGCAUUCCAGCUCCAGGAAGCAGGCAGCCCUCACAGUGCAGGUCUGCACCCUCAUAGUCCAGGUCUGGCCUCUGCAGCAUCUGAGCUCAGAAAGGAGCAGUCAGAAAUCCUGGCUCCUGCCUGGCUACAUGCCAGACUUUUAACCCAGGCUUUGACAACCAGAGAAUGGAGAUCUUUUAUAAAAGGGCUGCAUAGAAACAAUUCUUGUUUAACUGAUUUUUUUUAAUAUAAAAAGCUUUUAUUUUAUUGGGAAUUAAAUUAACUCCUCACAUGUGUACUUUGCACUGAAUCAAAAAAAACCUGAACAAAAAACAAACAACCCCAAACAAAGUUCAAAACCAGCAUAUAAAACAUAAUAGCUAGUCAGAUAGGAAUACCAUAAGGCACACAUUCAAGUAACUAGUGUAACAAGUAUCCUUGGGUGUGGAGGAGAGGGAGCACUCACACAAUGCUGCAGCACAGGUUCAGUUCCUUUCCCUCACAUUUAAAAACAUGGGCCCACUGCAGCCCCACAUGCCUGUGUCUGAGUCCCAGCUUGUAAGAGUUAAAUGGUUCUGCCCUUGGCCAUGUUCUGUCAGUUUUAUCAACAGAUUAUUGUGGGAGAAAACAGCUGCAGAAUGAAGGUGCUGCUGUACUACCAGGACAGUUGCUCUGUGACUCUGCUUGUCAGUCGAUCUGCUACUAGGCUAAAAUAAUGCUCAUGUGCCAGUCCAAGCUCACCUGACAGAUCUCCAGGUGUACAGAAGACACCAUCCAAUUAUCAGCUUUUUACAUCAUGUUUUACUACCUGUGUGAGUAUCUGUAUUCACAAAAUCUCCUCCUUAUACUUACCCUGCAAGUUUUAACAAAGGUUUAUUUCCUUAUUAAAUUCACAAUUGUUUUUGAACAAA